AUGGCUGAUGAUGAAGUACUAACAAGUAUUAGCGAAGUUAGUUUUAUUUAUUAUUCUUAAUUAGUCUAAUUAAUUAAAUUUUAGAACAUCGAAGCAACAACUCCUCCAUCCAAAGGAAUUAAAAGAAAUGCUGUAUCACCGCCUGAAGGAGAAGUUAAGAAACCGAAAGUUGUGAAUAGUGAUGACGAUGAACAAAAAGAAGAAUCUGUUGAAGUUAUUGAAGAAGUUGCUGGAACUCCGACAGCACCAAAGACACCCAAAACACCAAAAACGACGAAAGAAGAGCGAGAGAAAUUGAGACUUCAAAAAUUGGAAGAAAAAGAAAAGCAAAGAGCUGAAAGGGAAAAAGCGCUGGAGGAAAAACGAUUGGAAAAAGAGAAACAGUUGGAGGAAAAACGGUUGGAAAAGGAGAAGAAAGAAAAGUGAGUUGGAAAGCUCCAGGUGCAAAACUUUUUCAAAAAUUAAUUUCAGAGAGCGACUAGAGAAGAAGGCGGAAGAAGAACGAAAGAAGGAGGAAAAACGAAAAGAAGUGGAAGAAAAGAAAAAAGAGGAGGAGGAAAAGAAAAGGAAAAAGAAGGAAGAGGAGGAAAAAAGGAAAAAAGAAGAGGAUGAAAAGAAGGAGCAAAAGAGAAAAGAGGAAGAAGCGUUGGAAGAGAAAAAGCGGCGAGAAUCGGCUAGAUUUAUGGGAUUUUUCAGCAAAGUUGAGAAGAAAAAAGUUGCAACAGAAGAGCAGAAAAAUGUGGAUAAUAAUUGGUAUCGACCAUUUCAAUUGAAAGAUGGAAUGAGUUUGGCGCCGAUUUUGGGAAGAGAUCCGGUUGUUUGUGAUGCGAACGAGAUUUUGAAUUGCAGUGAUGAGGUUGGAUAUUUUUUUCUAGUAGUUUUGUGACAAUUGGCUCAAAUUUGAAUAUGACGUGGAAAUUUUACAAAAUUUAUAUAUUCCAUGUUUUUUAAGCAAAUGGGUUGAAAUAUUGGGUUCUAAUGUUAUUCAUAUGAUAGAAUGGUCUAAGACGAACAGAAUGUUAUAAAUUUUGAUGAGUUUAGGUUAUCCAUAAGUGAUUUAGCGACGUUUCGACUAAAUAUCGACUAAACGUCGCUAAAUCACUUAUGAAUAAGGUAAAAUCAUCAAAAUUUAUAUCAUUCUAUUCGUCUUAGACUAUAUGAAUAACAUUAGAACCCAAUAUUUCAACUCACUUGCUUAAAAAACCUGAAAAUGUCAUUUAGUCGAUGUCCAACUAGGUUGUCCUGAAAGAAUCAUAUUCAGAACUGAGUGUAGAUUAUUUUGACUUCAGGAUCUUCAUCGUAAAAAUCCACAUAAAUCUGAUGCAGAUCGGAAACUACCAGAUAUUUUUUUAUAACAAAUAAUUAUUUCUUCCAGGUGACAUCAACAACAUAUCUGGGAUCUGGAAAUGUCAAAAAUCAUGCGAUGAAUCCGCCGAAAAGAGCACAAGCCUGCUAUAAACUAUUGCAAUUCCAUGACAAUCGACGACCACCGUACUAUGGAACAUUUCGAAAACGUCCACAAAAAAUAUCGGGACGCAAACCGUGGUCGCCAAUCGAACCUGGAAUUGAUUAUGAGGUGGGUGGUUUUUGAGGUUCGGAAAAAAUCAUGCUGAAGUUUUUGGGCUUAAACCACACCCCGGCCGAAAAAAAAUAAAAAUUGUACGCUAACUUUUUACAGUAUGAAAAAUGUGCAUUUUUAAGUUAAACUGAAAUUCAGAUUUUUUUUGCAAAAGGGCUGAUUCACGAACGAAAAUUAUGUUUUGAAUUGUUUUUUAACAUUGAAAGAUCAAUUCACAAAAAGUCAAAAAAUGUCAAAAAAACAUUGUAGCUCAAAAUUAGUUUUUCGAGUUUUUCAGCCAAAAAUGAUGACAAAUCAAUAUUUUUGAAGCUUCUGGAGUAACUUCUGAUGAAAAUAAGCUUCGAGAACCCUAUUUUGCUUUUUUUUUAUGAUUUUUUUCGAAAUUCAUCAACAUUUAAAAUUUUUUUAUUUUACGAAAAAUCAGAAAAACCUUCUGGAAAGUGAAUUCCAAGGUCAAUUUUAAUCAGAAAUCAUUCCAGAAGCUUAAAAAAUAUCGAUUUGUCAUCAUUUUUGGCUGAAAAACUCGAGAAACUAAUUUUGACCUACAAUGUGUUCGUGAAUUGAUCUUUCGAUGUUAAAAUAAUUUUGAUCUUUCAAUGUUAAAAUAAUUUUUUUCGUUAGUGAAUCAGCCCUAAAAUGUUAUUCGGGCCAGUCACGGAUUGAGUGAUCUAAACUUUAAUUUUCCAACCAAAAAAAAAUUCACACAAUUUUGAUUUCAGGUAGAUUCGGAUGAUGAAUGGGAAGAUGAACCAUCGGAUGGUGAAGAAUGUCGAUCGGAUGAUGAAGAAGAAGCUGAUGAUGAUGUUAUGUCAGAUGAUGGAUUCUUUGUACCGCCAUGUUAUUUAUCAGAUGGUGAAGGUUGGUUUUUAUUUUUAAUUUUUUUUUUCAAAAAAAAAUAAAUAAAUUGGCCGCCCCUGCACUUUUUUCUCAAUCCAAUCCACUCAAAUCCACAAAAAUUAUCAUAUAAGAUUAAAUGUUAAGACUUUGUUAUUUUUCGGUUUUCUCAUUCAUUCAUUCAUUUCUUCUUCGUUUUUUUUUCUGCUGCUUCUGCUGCGGAUCAAUUGAAUAGAAUAAAAGAGUAUAUUUGUAUUGUGUGUACGUCGCGGGGCGGGGCGACGACAAAAAAAGGGAGGCGAGAAUGAAAAAGAUGUGAAAUAUUAUAGGAGAUGAAGAGGCGAAGUCGAAUGAGCCACCACAAAAUGGAGGAGAAGAAGAGGAGAAGGAAGAAGAAAAACGAGGAGAAGAAAGCGAAGAGGAGCGAAAGGCUCGACUUGCGUCGCGUGCGAAAGAGUGGUCGCGACGCGUGACGCGCGGCGGACACAUUCAACUCGAAUCGCGAUGUAUCGGACCGUUUUAUUAUUAUCAGCGAGAGCUGCAAGAGGCUGGCAGCUCAGCGGCAGCUCUUGAAGAACUCUCCAAACUCAUGGCUGUACAAUUUUUCUAA